AUGCCGCAGUCUGGUGUUCGCCUGGAUGAGUAUGCUUACCGGGCUGGGAUUCGGGUUUACUGCGAGGCAGGGAAUCUCACGGCGCCGAGAUGCUCGCGGGGAGGAUUGGGGGUCAAGGUCAGCAUUGUGGCGUAUGUACUGCUGUAUGGAUUGUGCAAGAAUCAACGCAUUCAGAAGGCAGCGGAGCCGCGGAGGUAA